UCCUCCAAGAUAAUAUCACAGAGCUUUUACUGUUCAUAACUAUCUAUCACCAAUCAUUAUCUCAUUGCCGUAAGAGAGGGAGAAGGUCUAAUCUUUAUCAAAAUCAAUAUUAUCGUGUUUUGUAAUCUUAGAUAAAAAAUGGGUUUAGGAAGGAGAGUGUACGGUUUGUGUAUUGUAUCCUUGGUACUUAUGGCUGUUGUAACGAUGGCCACCGUCGAAGAAGAAGCGGCUAAGGAUGAAUCAUGGACUGAUUGGGCCAAGGAGAAGAUCGGUCUGAAGCACGAAGAGCACCACGUCCCAACCACUCGCACCACCACGACGGUCCAAGACAACGCUUAUGGAGCCACCGAUAAGGCCGGUGAAGCUAAGGAGGCGGCUAGGCGCAAAGCAGAGGAAACAGUUGGAGCCACGAAGGAGAAAGCGGAGGGGGUUUACGAGACGGCAAAAUCAAAAGCCGGAGAGACUAUUGGUUCCGUGAAAGACAAGGCGUCACAGAGCUACGAUUCAGCAGGUCAAGUUAAAGAUGACUUGACUCACAAGUCAAAACAAGCUAAAGACAGUUUGUCCGGAGAUAAGAGCGAUGAGUCAUGGACCGAUUGGGCUAAGGAGAAAGUAGGAAUCAAGCACGAUGAUCAAGAAAACUACCCUAACGUGGGAGACACGGUGUCUGAGAAGGCCAAAGAAGCCAAGGACGCAGCCAGACGCAAAGCAGGAGACGCUAAGGUGAGGCUGGAAGAAACGGUUGAGGCGGCUAAGGAGAAAGCGAGCGAUCUGACGAGUGCGGCUAAGGAAAAGGCGGAGAGGUUGAAGGAGGAAGCUGAGAGAGAGAGUAAGAGUGCGAAGGACAAGAGUAAAGAAAGCUACGAGACUGCUAAGUCCAAAGCCGAGGAGACUUUAGAGUCUGCAAAAGAUAAAGCGUCUCAAAGCUACGACUCAGCUGCGAAGAAAACAGAGCAAACUAAAGAUACCGUGUCUCACAAGUCAAAGAAAGUUAAGGAUACCUUGAACGACGAUGAUGCUGAGCUCUAAAAUGUGGGAGAAAAAUAACAUCCAGAGAGGAGUUACUACAGUUGGUUUUGUUCCUGAUCUUUAAAUAUGUGUAUUGUGUCUGAAUCUUUUGUUUAUGCUUUUUUUUCUCUCUUUUGGUUUCAUCUUGUAUGUUGAUCUCUUUGGGUAUAUG